AUGAGUACGGCUGCGAGGGACGGGCGGACGCCGCGGACGCGCCUUGACGGGACGAGGGAGGGUGGGGAAAGGAAAAGACAGGACAGACGCGUGGGUGUGGUGGACGCGUCCUUGGAAGAAGAAAAGAGUGCUGGAUGGAAAAGUCGGCGAAUUUUUGUACGCGAGUGGGUGAGCAACUGGGCAGCAGCAGCUCCUCUCAGUUAUUCUGUCUGUCGUCAGGGCGCGCCGCGUAGCAUACAUCCAGGUCCGGCCAGCAACCGUAUAUUGCAAAUCCCAUUCACGCCGGCGGUCUUAGCGUUCUCCCAUCAUUCCGUUCUUUCCUUUUGUUCACUCUCCACCCCCAUAUUUCAUAUUCCAGACACUUUUCAGCAUCCCCGUGGUGCGCCUGCCACGCGCCGACAAACUCCGGAUCCUAUUCAGAUGGAGACGCGCAGGCGUUUCACAGAGUUUAACCUUCUGGCGAAUAGGCUUACCCUCGCUAACAAGAGAGGGUGGGCGACAACGCACACUCGUCGUACAGGACAGCCAAGGCGGAGGCGAGUUGCUGUCCGUGUCGGCGCGCGUUGUCAGCCUGCAGGCACAUCAUUCACGCUGCUAGUCAUUCUGAUCUCCCACCAUCGCUUUCUCCGUGAGGAUCCAGUCAAGCAGUACAGACGUGGAAAGCAUAUCUACAUAAACGUCUUAGACUAG